AUGGUUACUUUCAAUUGCGAAGUUUGUAACGAUACAGUUCCAAAAAAGAAUACGGAAAAGCAUUAUUACCGUUGUCCUAAUGCUUAUUAUACUUGUAUAGAUUGUUCAAAGACAUUUGAUGACGGGUACAGUUACAAGCAACAUACUUCUUGUAUAACUGAAGAUGAAAAAUAUCAAAAGUCGCUGUAUAGAGGCAAAAAGGGAGCAAAUAAAUCAAAAACAACAAACAAUAACAAUAACAACAACAGCAGCAAUAAUAAUAUUGCUAAUAGUACUAAUAAUAAUAAGAACAACAAAAACAACAAAAAUAAUCAACAAAAAAAGCAAGGAAAAAAGCAAGAUUCUAAAAUUAAGGAAAAAGUUGAUACAAAGAAAAAAGUUGAAAAGGAAAAGAAAGUGUCAAAGCCAAUUAUUUUUAAAGAUGGUGAAUCAUUAUAUAAUUGUUUAAAGAAUAUUAAAGAUAAAGAUCAAAAGAAGAAAUUAUUAAAAUCUGUAAUAUUAAAGCAAGAUCCUGAAAAAAGGAAUUCAUUUAUCAUUUCUGUAUAA